AUGGCCGGUCGUCGAAUCCACGUCGCAGUCUUAGAUGCCGACGUCCCAUGUCUACCCGUUUACACCAAACGAGGUCUCUACAGUUCUCAAUUUCGAGUCCUCCUUCAAGCAGCCGCGGGGCGUUUAAACCAAAACGCGAAUCUACAAUUUCAAAAUGGCCCGUUAGGUGUACAUGUUACAGCUUACGACGUUGUCGGUGGUAGUCUACCUCCGCUGGGAUAUCUCCGCAGGGCAUCAUAUACCGCAGCAGAGGUUGGACUCGAUACAUUCAGUCCUCCAGCCAUUGAUGCUAUCCUCAUUACUGGAUCCGCAGCCUCAGCCUACGAUGAAGAUCCCUGGAUUCGAAAUCUAGAGUCCUUCAUCCAGACUGUCCAUGCAAACUUUCCCCAUGUUAAGCUUUUCGGUUCCUGCUUCGGACACCAGCUUAUCGCGCAGGCUCUACUCUCAAACCCCGCGAUAGAUCCAUCCUCAACAUUUCAUGUGGAGCGCUCGGAGAAAGGCUUCGAGAUGGGCAUUCAUCCAAUAACACUUACACAAGAAUUCAAGGCGCAUUUCGCUGUCUUGGAUAAAGAACCAGAGCGUGAUGUUCAGCCAUUCUGCAUCCAGUUAAUCCAUGGCGAUAUUGUCGUGCCUACGCCAGCAGCUAAGGCAAAAACACAAACAGCGGAGGUUUCCCUCCCAUCACCAUGGGUGAAUGUCGGAUGCAGUGCUAUGUGCGACAUACAAGGACUUUAUUAUCCCGGCCGUGUGCUCAGCUACCAAGGCCAUUUCGAAUUCGAUGUAUUCGGGAAUCGUGCGCUGUGUAUUGAGUUUGGGAAGCGGCGGGGUUGGUCGGCGGAAAUGGUAGCUUCAUCUAUAGAGCAGAUUGAGCGGGGGAUUGGUUCUGGACUUGAUGGUGAAGAUGAGGAUGAGGCGAAAAUUGCUGCCGAUGUUGUUUUGCUUUUUUUCGCGGGGGAGGAUGGUCGGCAAAAGGGUGGCCUUGGAGCUGUGAAUGGUAGCGGCUUCACAAUUGGUGGUAUGCUUACACCUCCGCUUGAUUCGACAUGA